AGAAAAAUUUUAUUCUUCCGUAACUGAUUACACCAUUAAGUAAUAAUUAACCGUUAAAAUGUUUUACUUUGCGUGAGGUUUACUUUAAUUUCUGCAUUAAUUAAAAAUAUUCUGUAGCUAAGACUAGGGACAUAGAGAUAAUUGCACGUUUUUCUCCGAUUAAAAAGGGUGAAUGAAUUAAACUGAUUAGACGCAGACCAAACAAAGAUCAUUUAAAGGACCCUUGUACUUGUUAUUCGUCUGGUAUGGCAGACGAUUCAGUUCAUGUUGUUACACAACAAAUUUGUGAUUUCACCUUCGUGGCCAUGUUCUGCUUCGUCGAUAUGAAGAGCGACCUAGAGAACGACGAAUCCCAUCUCUCGUUAAAAGACAAUCGUUCAUUUCCCAUGCUCAGGCAAUUUGUAUGUGAAAAACGUGCGCCGGGAGGCUUUCCUUGGCGGUACCUACGCAAUCUUUGACCUAUAAAGGGCAACGUGCAUACACCACGCCGCUAGAUAUACGACUUCGCGGAUUCUCGUUGUAAUAAACAACAGGUUUUGUACGAGGAUAUGCGUGCUAUAAAACUGUAAUUGUUCGCUUUCAAAUACAAUAUUUCAAAUACACUUGAAAAUACAAUAUACAAGAUACAUAAAAUUGGUUACUACAAUUUACAUUACAGUUUGAUUUCCGCCUCAACGGAAUUCCGUAAAUUUACAUCGUCCGCUAUUAACAUCGACGGCGUUGAAGAGUUAGCUUUCAGGCGACAUCCCGACGCGUACGAGAUUCCUACGUGCUAAAAUGUCACAUCUCGAGUCAAGGUACUAACUAGUAUAUUAAUAGCAAAGCAGCACGUUGCGUCAUUCGCGGGAAAGGGGAAGCGCCAUUAACGUUUUCACAUAAAAUGGAACUAUUGGAAUGUCCACAUUUCCCUUAUCUUAUGAACGGCGACGGCGCGUUCGGCCACCGAGGAGGUAGGUACGGCGACAAGAUCGGAGUCCAGGGAGUGACCCGACGAUGAAAAGCGCAAAAGGAGGAGAGUGGGAGAGUGUGUCUGGUAGUGAAGCGGAGUGGGACCCAGUCACGAAGUCUCACGCCUUCCACCAGUACUCAGUCCGAAGACGAGCGUACUGGCAGCUAGUGGUUCGCCGCUCCGCUUCGAGACCGUCCGUGCGCGUGUGUGCGUGUUGGCGUGGUGUAUGUGUGUACGUGCGGGCUCGGGACGGCACGAGAGGACGGCUACCCCGCAACGGCCGAUGUGUCGGUGUCGAUCUUGAGGCCCGUACCGUCGCGCCAGUUUCUUCGAGCCAUCAUCGGUCGCGGGGAGGUCGAUUGAUCCGCAGCAUCGAGUCAAACGAGAGCAGCAUCCGCCAUUUUCGCCAUCUCCGUGAGGCGUGAGGCCCAAUGAGGCCCACCGGUACUGGUACAGUGAUUCGCGCGGCCGACGCCUGCGGCCGCGCCUCUGGAUUCCACAGACAUUCAGCACACGGCCCUCAGGAAUAGUCGUUAAAUUCUCGCCGCCGGGUUAUCGCCGGGCCGGGUUUUCACCGCUUCGUCGUUCUCCAAGGGUGUCCACGGCGCGGCCCUUGGUCGCGAGUGUACCAUGUGCUGAGUGUGCGUAUAUACAUAUGACAGCGGCUACACGUGGAGGUGCUUUCAGUGAGGGACGGCUACGACGACGGCUACGCCACUGCGCCGCAUACCAGCGAGGGCCCCGGGUCUGGUAGCGGAGAAGGGGAUAGAGAAGCCUAGAGAGAACUGAAAGGAAGCGACAGAGACGGAGCACGGGAAGGGGCCACGAUAGAGGAAAGAGGCACGAAAGGAAAGAAAGAGAGGGAGACGGAGACAGCGAAGGAAAAAAGAAAAAGAGAGAAGAAAGAGAAAAAGAAAGAGAGAGAGAGAGAGAGAGAAACAGAGGGCAAAGCUGGGCCUGAUACCGGUGGAGAGGGAACUCGCAAGAAGGCGGCCAUAAUGGCCUGACGCGAUCUCGAGCGAGCGGCUACAGCUGCUGCGAAAUAUCCGCGCCAUCGAGUUCCUCUCCCGUUGCUGCGCGCACGUAUUUUGCAACGUCGCGCCGCCGCCGCCGCCGCCGCCGCCGCGACGACGUGUACACGCCGCUUGUCCGCCUGUCUUUGGAAAGUAGCGACUGCGUAAUCGACUGCAAGUGCUACCGGGCGGAGCGUAAUCGCUCAAUGAGCUCCUGAGUCACAUCCGCGAUUUUAUGUUGCGCGUGGGAAACAAAUUAGCCGCCGGCUAACAAUCGACGUUACAGGGAUCAUAUUCUCGGAUAUAUCGCUGUCGCUAAUCGGGAAGAUCGACCGUUUGUCGUGGGACCAACGUAUCACACGCAUCGAAAUCUCUAAAUGGUUUUCUCACUUAAAACUGUUCUGGACUAUUUUCGAGUGUUCUUUCUCUAUAGCGAUGCGCGAUUGACUCGAUAACUUUUUUUUAUUAAAAAAUAAUCAGCUGAUAAAAUUAUCUGUAACUGAAUUAAAUGAAUGUUUUUUUUUUUACUUUCUAUGACCACAGAGUAUCGAUUGUCAAAGACAGUUUUGAUUAUCAACAGAUAUCCAUUGCGUUCACAAUUUCCAAAUUGUGUCACGAGGUUGAGUCUUUCUAAUCAAUAAGUUAGUUGAGCUUAAUAACAACAACAAAAAAUGAGAGGAGCCAAUCAGGACACGGCGACGCCGUAUUGUCGCUGUAGAGUACUCUAUUUGGGUAGCUCGGUACCUCACGCGAGCAAAGAAGGACUCCUGGGCGUCCAGGAACCCCUGAGGGAGCUCUACCCCGAGCAGGGUGCGCUGGGUGCGCGCGGGAUCGACUCCUGGCUGAGUGUUUGGAGCAACGGCUUACUCUUGGAGAAUGUCGACGAGCAUCGCAAAAAGAUCACGCGAUUCUUUCCUAUCGAGUCGCUCCACUAUUGCGCCGCGGUCAGACAUGUCAAAGGUGGAAACGGCGAUACGUCCAACACGCGUUUCCUGCCGUUGGACUCGCCGUUCGCGCGGACGCCCAACGCGAAUCAUCCACCUCUGUUCGCCGCCGUGCUGCGUAGAACCACCGGUAUCAAGGUUCUCGAGUGUCACGCGUUCAUCUGCAAACGGGACAUGGCGGCCAACGCCCUGGUAAGGUGUUGCUUUCACGCUUAUGCCGAUAGUAGCUACGCGAAAGGUCUAGAGCCGUCGUCGGGAACGACGAACGGGGUCGCGACUGGUCAUCAGUCGAACAACAGUCUCUAUCACACUCUGGGCGGUUCGAGCACCACCUUGGACAGCCCUCAACCGACCCGUUUGGACACGGCCUCGACCGAUGACCUCAGUCUGUACAACGGCGAUGAGAAUCACAAGGUUUGGGCUAAGGGUCGCGAUGAGGUUGACGGUCUUUACCAGGAACAGGGAACCCUGCGAAGCACGAAGGGAUCCAGACCACGCCAGUUGAUUGCCCCACCACCGCCGCCACCACCGCCGCCCCCUCCCGCUCAACCAUUGUUGCUGGAGGAAUCUUCUUCCGCGCGACGGAAAGCUAAUAAGAAGCUCAAGAAGAUGAAGACUCGUUCGUUGCACGAGGACGCGUUGCAGCAGCAGCAGCAGCAGCAACAACAACAGCUUCUUCAUCAUCAGCUGCAUCAAGGCGUGUACGCCAACGGCCACGGGCACCACACUUUGGGUCACCCCAUCAGGCAGCAACAUUAUCAUCCUGUCCCGCUACCACCCAGCAGUCGAUCCGUCGCCGGUACCUUGGCUAGACCAGCACCGGUGCUUUUGGUACCAGCGGCCACCUUGCCGCGGAAGAGUCAUCAUCAUCCGCGUUUAAGGCCUAUUCCGGCGGCGACACCGAUAGUCCCGGUCUAUGCUCCUUUGCCAGUGGUACCGCCGACAGCGGCACCAGCGGCGGCCAUUUAUCCACCGGCCACAUAUGGUACCGCCGGAAACAGAGGCAGACGACACCCGGAGACAGAUAGCUCUACUCUGGGCACGUCCAGAAGGCUAGCCGCCUCUCACGCGGAUCUUACCGCGCCAGAGGUCGCCCGGCAGGCGGACAGUCCGGAAAACGAAUCCCGCUUUGGUACCGGCAUAUAUCGGCGGAAGGGUCAUCUGAACGAGAGAGCCUUUUCUUACAGCAUUCGGGCGGAACAUCGUAGCAGGAGCCACGGCAGUCUGGCCUCCUUGGGCUUCAGUGCGCAGAACGGCAACGCGCUGCCGAAGGAGGAUAAGAAGGAUCGCGAGAUCGCCCAGAUGGUCGCAGGAUUGAGCCUCAACGAUGGACCAGAACGGACACAGCUUCCGAAUUCAAGGGGAGGAUAUCAUCAUCACCAACAGCAGCAGAUUCAACCGCUGCCCAGGCCGAGACCCCGUUAGAAUCACUUCUUGAAAUUGGUCUCUUGCAGUGUCAUGCAGUCCGAAGCUUUCUAGGUGAUCCAGAUUUCUGGAUAUUUUUUUACAAAAGGAAAUACUGAAAAAAAAAAACGGAGCAUUUUUAUGUUAAAUUGACAUACUCAUCUUCUUUAUCUGAUAUCUUGAUCAUAGGUUCGAUGUGUGUCCAACUAACGAUUUGCUAAUGUCCCUCAUUAGAUUAGAAUGCUAACAGACAAACGUGGUGUGUUUGAACGUCAAUCUGGCUGCCAAUAACGACAAAGUUAUAAUUAAUAAUUAAUAUCUUAUCGUUCGAUCGCAGAUAUUGUUCGUGGAAUAUUCACUUCUUUUAUCAAUGAUGCUAAACAAUUGUUUGAAAUGAAUCUUGCCUUUUCCGGUCGAUCGCGUUGAUGCAACGGCGACUUUGUCUGGGUUAACAAACAUCUUGCAGCUUGCUUCUCCAAGCGUGACAUCGGUGCUACAGUUACGAGCGAUUUCACGUUCCGUCGUCAUGUCACGUGGAAAAAGACUGCAUUGCAAAACGUUGCAAUUCCAACUCUCCGUAGCAAGUUUUGCCUAACGGUACUAUGCAGCAGCAAGCGUAUUUUAAAUUGCAUUUCUUAAUUAAUUCGAUAACAUUAUAAUUUAUAUCGAUUCUUAAGACAAAAGUAUAAUUUUGUGUUGGGCAUAAUCAUUAAUUUAAAUUUCCCGAAAGCAUUUUAUUGAAUGGGAUUAAUAUGUGCAACAUAGAAAUAGAGAAUCAGCGAAACGUCAUUUACACGAUGACAUAACGUUCUGAGAAACGCAACGACCUUUCUGUCGCAGAACAAACUAAUUAAGUAGUAAUUAUUGUCGGCUUAGAAAGAAGACAGUUCUGCUUAGUCCGAAACUCAUUAGAUGAACGCGCGAAGCAUGGCGGAAAAGGAUACUGCUAUAUAUAUUUUUUUCUCUACAAAAAUAAGUUAAAACGUUUGUGAUUAAAUUAACUAAGAUUUCAAUGUCGCCAGCAUCAAAAAUUCCUCAGAUAUUUAGGCACGUACUACUUUAAAUACUAAAGCUUCAGUCGACUCUUAAGUUUUUAUCUCUCUCUUUCUUAUUUUCGUACAAAUAAAGUAAUAUUUGAAAAACACUUUAUUUUCAAAUAAUAUUUUAAUGAUAUAUAAUCAGAAAUUAAUUGACUGCGUGUAACGCAUUUGUGCGAUUUAUGGAACAAAGCAAGACGAUACGUUAUAUAAAGAACAGAUAAAAAGUCUGGUCAUAUGUCUCGAUAUUUGCACUCGCAAAUACGAAAAAUAUGCGAGUCGCGUACGUCACGUUGACCGAGAAAAAUGUCCUUGAUUACGACAUUUUGCGGCCACACACUUGUUAAAGUUUUAUCAUAGCAUAUUAACACGAAUGUCGUAAGCAAAAGCUUAAACGAAAAAGGAAUUGCAGUCUCGUUCGAAAACGCGUGUUUUUCAAUGCUUGAAAGCUCUCCAGAAGUCAUGCAUAAAUUUAUCACGUAUUUAUUAUCAAAUAAAAACUUCAUUAAAUUUUAUUACUUUUAUUAUCGUGAAAAAAAUUUAUACCAAGGAAAAAAUUAUCUGCGUUGUUCACGAUAUUUCCGUUUGAGGACAUUAUUUUGCGAGAACGUUUUCAAAGAGGAGAGGAUGACUACAUAUCGUAUAUUGUAAAAGAUAUUAAUUCUCUAUAAAUAAUACGAAUGUCCUCACCGAUUAAAAAUACUUUUAAUGCAUCGAGAUGCUUUUGCAUAGACGUCAGUACCGGUGAUGAUCACGGCGGAGAUCUUAAUCGCUCAAUCGCUAUAAUUAACACUUUCGCUUUACAUCAUUGAGAUGCGGUUACGUAAAUCGUCGAAUCAUGGGAAACACAUUGAUGUUGCCCACAAAUUUUCGAAACUCGCUGAAAUUUUGUCAGUUUCAAUUCUCUCAGUUUCACAUAAAUGUCGCUCGAGGUGGAAAAAAAACGGCGAACUGCGAAGAUCCUGAAUGAUUCACAUACACGUAUCAGUAUUCAGUGAUUAGUAAUCAGGAACAGCGUAAGAACAAUUAUCCCGUCAUUACGCAACUGGGACAUAGCAUUCAAAUGCCGCUUAGAGGUUUCUCUUUCGAUCGGCACGUCACCGAGCGCGUCGAUUAUGAGCGAUAAAAAAGACUUCACCUUUCGCCAUAAAUUUCUCCGAGCCGUAUAAUAAUAGGUGUUGCGGGGAAAAAUGCGCGACGAAGGACAAACGAAACGGAGAAGGUCUAAAAUUCGACAUUCGUAACUUCCUCUAAAUAAAGAUAUUGAAGAAAUUACAUUUAAAAUAUCAUUGGGCACAACUUCCAAAUAAUAUAUUAAUGAGAUUUCGUAACACGCGUGAAAUGAAACGAAAAUAAACAUAAUCCUAUGUAAUAUCGACUUUGCACUUUCCACAGUGGCAUUGCAUAAUCGCCACGUUACCGUCGUGCCAAAUUAAUAUUCAAGUGGGGAAAUAAUAUGCAAAGCGAUGUAUAAACUUGGAAUAACAAGCAAGCAACGUAUUUAUAGUAAACAUAUGACACCGCUGCUUAAUCGAGGCGGGUCUUCGAGCAGAAAGUUGCGGCGACACGUAGGCAUUGUUAAUGCGUCGCCGCGUGACUUGCGCGCGCCGGAAGUGUUAUGCAAAUCGGGAAACGGCAGGUAGAGGCCCCUUCCUCCGAAGCGAUCCUUCCAUUAAGAUCCUGCCGAUGAAAGAGAGCCGCAAGUCAUAUCGGUAAUGUGCAUAUUCAAAGAUUAAAUCCCCGCGAGACUAAAUUCCUUUCUUCGGUCGAUCGAUUAUCCGAGUGUAAAAAGAAAAGAGAGAGAGAGAGAGAGAGAGAAAGACAUUUAGGAGAAGACAUCGGCACAAAUGCGACAAACGUAAAAAUGUAAAUAAAAAAAAAAACGAAUUCCACGCCACUGAUUGUUAUCACUCGCGCCGGCUGUGCACACGGAUGCACUUUAUUAGUCACCGACUAUCAUUAUCGCGUUGUUUUCACGCCAAGGUCUGCGACGCGGUCGCACAAUUCCCUCUUUUCUUUUCUUUUCUUUCCUACCGUGCUCAUUCCAUCGAAAUUUCGCGACGUCUGAUAAAAUAGAAAUGUACCUCGUUACAUUGCUCCGCAGCCACCUGUGUUGCUGAAGUAGAAAGUGAGUGUAAAAUAUUUAUGAGCCCACCGCACCACGAAAGUGCAGGUGCGGGCACAUGCGAUACGAGCAAAGAGACCCACAUACGUGUCUAUCCACCAAAUCAGCCAGUCAAAGCUUAUUAAGCGAGCAUGCCAUUAAAUCGCGCAGAAACGCCGGAGAGUGUCUUGAUUUUAAUUAAUCGACGCGCAUAACGAGAACCAUUUAGCGAUCGAAAGUGUUUCGCGAGGCGCGAGAUUUAUUUUAAACCCGUACCCACUCGGGCAGAAACGAUUCGAGCGAUAUAGAAUCGCAUGGAGCGCGUUUUGCGCCUCUGGGAAACGGCCUCGUCGAUGCACAACGGACAAAUUUCGAUUCGCCGGGGCAUCACGGUUGCUCGGACGCGAGACGCGUUAUUUCACUUACGGUGCACUUACCAUGCGCCGUGCACGCGAGCCGCAGCCUUUCCGUCGCCGGCCACAUUCCGUUCUCCCGUGUAAUUUUCAGGGUUAACCGCCAACCGUCGUACGCGAUACUCUAGUUUCAGGGAUUGCAACGAGCGCUACCGGCGGAAUGCAAAUUACCUUGAUUGGCGAGCCUUAAGUGGAGCGCGUUCUUUCUUUCCACGCUAAUGAAAGGGCUUUUUGCCCGGCGAGUUCACCGAUUUUCCAAAUGAAAGUUUAGAAUCUUGGGCGCUCUCCGAGGAAAGUCUGCGCUCUAAAUGCUUUUACCUACCUGUACGGGAGAAAAAUUAUCGAAUUACUAGACUAUAACGAAUUUCCAAAAAAAAAAA